UUAAUACUUAGAAGCCAAGCCAAAUUUAAUAUGGCAUGGAAGAAAAGCUACUUGGAUUUGAUAUUGGUUCCUCUAGGGCUCUCAGUUAUGUUAGCUUAUCAUAUGUGGCUAUGGAAUAAGGUUAGGACCAAACCCCUUUCCACCGUCAUAGGAACCAAUGCCAUCGGUCGUCGCUUGUGGGUUUCAUCCAUCAUGAAGGAUAACGAUAAGAAGAACAUAUUGGCGGUGCAAACAUUGAGGAACACGAUCAUGGGAGCGACUUUGAUGGCCACAACCUCGAUUCUCCUAUGUUGUGGUCUAGCCGCAGUCAUAAGUAGCACCUAUAGCUUAAAGAAACCGCUCAAUGAUUCCGUUUAUGGUGCCCAUGGAGAAUUCAUGGUGGCACUGAAAUACGUAACCCUACUUCUCAUUUUCCUCUUCUCUUUCUUGUGUCACUCGCUCUCCAUCCGGUUCAUCAACCAGGUGAACUUCCUCAUAAACUGCCCUCCCGAUGAUAAUGUCCACAACCCUAUAAUCUGCCCGGAGUAUGUGUCGCAGCUGCUCGAGAGAGGGUUCACUUUGAAUACGGUGGGGAAUAGGAUAUUCUAUGCAGCCUUGCCCGUGUUGCUUUGGAUAUUUGGUCCGGCUCUUGUGUUCUUGUGUUCCCUUACACUUGUGCCUGUGCUUUAUAAUCUUGAUGUUGUGUUUGGAAAUGAAUUAGCUGAUAGUAACUACAAGGGAAAGAUGCAAGGAAAUGAAAAUCGCGAAGAAGGCGUAACUCGUGUGUAGUUAACUAAGGAAACUAGCUAAUCUCUAUAUGUAUUUUUCUAAAUUGUAAUUAGUUUGUUUGAAAGUAACUUUUGGAAGUUACUUUUGUCUUCCCUUAUUUUGUAAAAAUUUAGUUUGAUUUGAGAAUAAAACCAAGAGUACAAGAAACAA